CUUUAUCGACAAAUUAAUGAAAAGAAUUUUGUCCAAAUUUUAAAAUAAAUCUGAAACAGUUUUGAAAAUUAUUUUGUAAAUGUAGGAAUUGAUUUUUUUACAUCCCUUUUUCAUUGCUCAAAGCUUCUGGAUAAUUCGAGAGACACAGUUGGAGGUUAAGCGGUGACGCAUUUUGGUGGAAGGGGGGAGCGGCGGCGCCCCAUGUGAUAUCUCCUCUCUCGCACCGCUGCUUUUCGACUCUUCAUUCUACUCGCGCCUUGUGCAACUCGUGCACUCGUUCAACGCGAUUUCACUAACUAUCCCUCGUAGCCGUGCUUUUUAAGUUUGGAAAUCAAGAUGUUCAGAUUACCCACUGUUCUUCGCACUGCUGCUCUACAGCAGAUGCAGUUACAGUCUCGUAGCUAUGCUAAAGAUGUUCGAUUUGGAGCAGAGGUGCGGGCACUGAUGCUGCAAGGAGUAGAUAUCUUGGCUGAUGCUGUUGCUGUCACUAUGGGUCCUAAAGGAAGAAAUGUUAUUCUGGAACAAAGUUGGGGUAGUCCAAAAAUAACAAAGGAUGGUGUUACAGUUGCAAAGGGUGUUGAACUCAAAGAUAAAUUCCAGAACAUUGGAGCUAAGUUAGUACAAGACGUUGCUAAUAACACCAAUGAAGAAGCUGGCGACGGAACCACUACUGCCACAGUUUUGGCCAGAGCUAUUGCAAAAGAAGGUUUUGAAAAAAUUAGUAAAGGCGCUAAUCCAGUUGAGAUCAGACGUGGUGUAAUGAUGGCUGUAGACAAAAUCAAGGAGGAACUUAAAAACUUGAGCAAGCCAGUUACAACCCCAGAAGAGAUUGCCCAAGUUGCUACCAUUUCUGCCAACGGUGACACUGCUAUUGGUAGCCUUAUCUCUGAUGCCAUGAAGAAAGUAGGAAAGGAGGGUGUAAUUACAGUCAAAGAUGGUAAAACACUCAGCGAUGAAUUGGAAGUAAUCGAAGGAAUGAAGUUUGACCGUGGAUACAUUUCCCCAUACUUCAUCAAUUCUACUAAGGGAGCUAAAGUGGAAUUCCAGGAUGCUCUUGUCUUGUUCAGUGAGAAAAAAAUCUCUUCAGUACAGAGCAUCAUUCCAGCUUUGGAACUUGCAAACUCUCAACGCAAACCACUUGUCAUAAUUGCUGAAGACAUCGAUGGUGAAGCCCUCUCAACUUUAGUUGUCAACCGUUUGAAAAUUGGCUUACAAGUCGCGGCUGUUAAAGCUCCAGGUUUUGGAGACAAUAGAAAAGCCACGAUGCAAGACAUGGCCAUUGCUACUGGCGGUAUCGUUUUCGGAGACGACGCCAACUUAGUUAAAAUCGAAGAUGUUCAGCCUACAGAUUUUGGACAAGUUGGAGAAGUACUUAUUACAAAGGACGAUACGCUCCUAUUAAAGGGUAAAGGAAAAAAAGUUGACAUUGACAGAAGAGCUGAGCAACUUAGAGAUCAAAUUGAAGAAACGACGUCUGACUACGAAAAGGAGAAGUUGCAGGAACGAUUGGCCAGACUCGCUUCUGGUGUUGCCGUUUUGAGAGUUGGAGGAAGCAGUGAAGUUGAAGUUAACGAAAAAAAAGACCGUGUCAACGACGCACUUAACGCUACACGUGCUGCUGUAGAAGAGGGCAUUGUUCCCGGAGGUGGUACCGCUCUCUUGAGAUGCGCGCCAAUUCUAAACAACCUCCAGCCUAAAAAUGAGGAUCAGAAGACGGGAAUCAACAUCGUGGCAAACGCUCUGCGUAUGCCAUGCAAGCAGAUCGCUCAAAACGCUGGAGUUGAUGCAAGUGUCGUUGUUGCCAAAGUUUCUGAAGGCAAGCUUGGCUAUGAUGCAAUGAACAAUGAGUAUGUUGACAUGAUCGAAAAGGGUAUUAUCGAUCCAACUAAGGUUGUUCGUACUGCUCUGACCGAUGCUGCUGGAGUCGCUUCACUGUUGACGACCGCCGAGGCCGUUGUGACUGAAUUACCUAAAGAAGACCCGCCCAUGCCUGCUGGUAUGGGUGGAAUGGGCGGCAUGGGGGGCAUGGGUGGCAUGGGCGGUAUGAUGUAAACUGGUCUUACAUUGCGUUCAAAGACUGAGAGAAAGACCGAUAUUGCCACUCGUGCGCUUUUUCACACGUGCCGAAAUUGAUCAUCACGAUACAAAUAUUUAUAGCUAUGGUUCUCUUUAAACGAGAUUAAUUUUUUUUCAUUUAUCAUUCAAUACUUAUAAAUAUUUGUCGAAAAUAUUUAUUUUAGUUAAAAAAAAGAAAACCAUUAAAUGUUAAUCGAAUAUUAUCAAGUAUAUGCAUAAUGAAAGGAUUACUUACUUUACAGCAGUGUAUACGUUGAAAAAUUAACAUUGUAAAAGUUUGUUGACAUUACUGUCAAAACCGCGUACGCAUAAUUCGAAACUUGACUUUUCUAUAAGUUCGAUAAUUUUGAUAUGGCAUUGACAAACGAUUACAUUUCAGGAACAGUGGAAAGAUUUUUUAGGAUCAUGAUCCUAUAUAAGAAAUUAUCGUAAUGUGUAUUGUUAAUUAGUAAUCUUACGAUGAAAUAUUGAACAAGAUGGCCAUAAAGACUGCACAAGAGGCGAUUUUUUAUUACAGUUUUUAUUUACCUAAUUUAGCGCUUCAUCCAAUGUAUUUAACCGUCUUCUGUUUUUAAAAUUGUUGGAAAAUCUAUUGAUAAAUCUUGCGCAAACUAAAUCUUCAUUAAAAAAUUCAGACAAAAAUAAGACGUACUGUGUAUAGAAUACAUAAAUAUCAUGCCGUGCAUUUGGAAACGUCACAAUCCGUGAACGAAUGGAUCAUCCUGUUAAGAAUGCAAGUUUGUAAAAAUGUUGAUGUGUGCUAGAGUUCUCUGUUACUUUUUGUAAAACAAUAAUGUUUAUUUUCCACUUUUAGUCUAAAUAAAAAGAGAUGU